GAAUGUUCUCCAUACGCUGCACAUCUCUACGAUGCAGAAAAUCCUCGUACACCUCUAAGAAGCCUCCCAGGACUUUGUUUUGACUACUGCUCUGAGUUUCACUUCAACUGCCGCUCUGCCAUCAGCCUGCUGACGAGUGAUAAGCACAUCCAAGAGUGCUGCGAGACAAACAAGACUCGCUUUUGCAACCUCCUUCACCUACAUGAUGAGGACUACUGCUUCCCCAAUGUGCUGAAGAACACAGCCCUCAACCGCAACCUGGGCUCGGUGGUGGAGGACCGCAAAGGCUGUCUCCAGCUCUGUCUGAUGGAGGUUGCCAAUGGCCUGAGGAACCCAGUGCUCAUGGUGCAUGCAAAUGACAAUACCCACCGCAUGUUUGUAGCUGAGCAGGUGGGCAUGAUCUGGGUCUACCUACCUGAUGGCAGCCGGCUGGAGGAGCCCUUUCUGGAUAUUAAAAGUAUAGUGCUGGCUACACCAUGGAUAGGGGAUGAGCGGGGCUUUCUGGGGAUGGCUUUCCACCCCAAGUACAAGUACAAUGGGAAGUUUUAUAUCUAUUACUCAUACAUGGAUAAGAACCGAGUGGAAAAGAUCAGGAUCAGUGAACUGAAGGUUUUAGCAUCUGAUGUCAAUAAAGCUGAUCCACUCUCAGAAAGGAAUCUUUUGGAGCUUGAAGAACCGGCUGCAAAUCAUAACGGUGGGCAGCUGCUCUUUGGUGUGGAUGGCUAUAUGUAUCUAUUCACAGGGGAUGGAGGAAAAGCUGGAGACCCUUUUGGAAAAUUUGGGAAUGCUCAGAACAAGAGUGCUUUGUUGGGGAAAGUCUUGAGGAUUGAUGUGGAUGGAAAAAGCCCUGAUGGAAAGCCUUAUCGCAUCCCUUCUGAUAAUCCAUUUGUGUCUGAUCCCAAGGCCUGCCCUGAGGUUUAUGCUUAUGGGGUCAGGAAUAUGUGGCGCUGUGCGGUUGACAGAGGGGACCCUGUCACGAAAAAGGGAAGAGGGAGGAUGUUCUGUGGGGAUGUCGGGCAGAACAGAUUUGAAGAAAUCGACAUCAUUGUUAAAGGAGGGAACUAUGGCUGGAGAGCAAAGGAGGGACUUGAAUGCUAUGACACAAAGCUUUGCCACAAUUCCUCUUUGGAUGACAUUCUUCCAAUAUUUGCAUACGGCCGCAACGUGGGGAAGUCAGUCACUGGAGGUUAUGUAUACAGAGGAUGUGAAUCGCCCAACUUGAAUGGCCUCUAUAUUUUUGGUGAUUUCAUGAACGGUCGACUUAUGGCUUUACAGGAAGAGGAGAAGACAAAUAAGUGGAAGAAGCAAGAUAUCUGCAUUGGUAGCACAAAAGCUUGUGCUUUCCCUGGAAUGAUCAGUUCUUAUAGCAAAUUCAUCAUCUCAUUUGCUGAGGAUGAAGCAG